AUGUCAUUGUUAAGAAGAUCAAUUGACCAGUUGUUGGCGGUGGGAAGUGGCUCACCUACACAAGAGAGCCAGAGAAUGGAGGUCACUCCAAACAAAUUGAAUCGUUCUGAUGGAUUCCAACUCACUCCUCUACCAGAGAGUACUGAGGAGAGGACAAGAGAGUACUCAUGGUUCAGAAUGGUUCAAGUUGUAGAGGCGGGCUCACUCUAA